GCGAAGAAAUGUAACUUUAGUUGAAUUUGAAUUUGCGGUUCGAACGGUCGGUAGUGCAGAAGACCAACAAAUUGGUAAUACUUGCACGGCAAAUAACCGCCGGAUUGCUAAUUUGCCUUCAUAGAAUAAUUAAAUAAACCAAUAGACUCAUUUGAAUUGACGACGACUGAAUGAUCCAAAAGUUUUCUACCAACAACAAGAAAAAAAAGAACAAUUAGGUAGUUAAACAAAACUAAGUGUAAAUUUCUUGUGAAAAUAAAGAGAAAAAAUUAAUUGUUAAAAAGAAACUAUUACUCAACAUUAUUCUACGCAAAUUUUUGAAUUGUCAUUAAUUUAUCAGAAAGUAAUGAAGAUGUCGCGAAUGUUGUCAUUCGUAGCUGUGCUUUACGCACUCGUAAGCGUUUGCGCAGCGGGCACAGGCGAUCCUGCGACAAAUAAAGUUGGUGUGGAUGCGCGCUUGGAUUGGUCAACUGAGAAAUAUGAGGAUUUCGAGUAUGUGGUCAACGCAGCAAAACUUCCUUUCGAGGAUGGCAGUGCGCCGUUGACGCCAAACGAACGACAAUUGUUCGCCUAUAGUCUCACGAAAGUGGAAGGGAAGCAAUGCCGAGACGAUCUGAAUGCUACGCUAUGGGGCAUUUUGAGCGGCCAACGAUGGGCUAUUGCAAUGUACGAUGCAAUGGCCAAAUCAGCAGCUGGUAUUGAUAGUGGCGCAUUGCACCAAUUCGGACAUUUCGAUGAAUGCCUAGAUCAGCAACGAUUUCAUUCGAAUACGAUCGAAAAUCAAUCGACUGAAUUUGUGGUGCGCUCAAAAUAUUGUUUGGUGGAUGUACAAAUGGAUGGAUUUGCGAUGCAAACUGCGGGCAGUCGACAAAAAGAGGCCUUGAACCGCAAUGGUGAUGCACUGGUGGUGGCGUUUUGGGGCGCAUGCGUGCCCGCGUCUUGCGCAUCCACAGAUAUAGUGUUGUUUUUGCAAAACUACUUGCAACGCCCUGUGCUAAGUGCCAACGAAACGGCGUGCCAGCUGAGCAGCAUUGGAGCAGGCAAUGGACUGCACGUCGAUGGUGGAAUGUUCACUUAUGCUGUUGUGCUAUUUGUGUUUGUAUUGUUGGCCACGCUGAGCACUGCCUUCCACUGCUACUUGAUUUAUGUGUCUAGGAACGCCGAUGAUGUGUCAAAGCGCGCAUUACAACAAGAAACGUUGACAAUCGCAUUGCUCUCAUUCUCCGUUAUCGAGAAUACAAAAAAACUGUUUCAAGCGAGCAAAGAUCACAUGGGCCUCAAUUCGAUUAACGGCAUUAAAGCUAUUGCAAUGUUGCUGAUACUUGCCGGCCAUGCGCUGUCGUUCAUCUACAGCAGUCCCAGUUAUAAUGUAGCGUUCGUGGCUGAGCAAACGAAAUUCCCCACAUUUGCAUUCCUCUACAACUCGCUGCUAUUCGUGGACACUUUUCUGCUGUUGAGCGGCUUUCUGUUCUGUCGCAUUAUGUUGGUCGAGCUCGACCGUCGUCGCGGCCACAUAAACCCGUUGAUUUUGUACGUUGGCCGCUACAUCCGCCUGACACCGGCCUAUAUGGCGAUAAUCGGUUUCUAUAUGACCUGGUUUCCGAGCAUUGGAAGUGGUCCCCUAUGGCGGGAACGCAUCACGCGCGAACAGGAGCGUUGCCAGGCAUCGUGGUGGCUUAACAUUCUCUAUGUGAAUAACUACUUCAAUACGGACAAAUUUUGCAUGUUUCAGUCGUGGUAUCUGUCCGUGGACACACAGUUGUUCUUCAUUGCACCGAUUUUCAUCUAUUUGCUCUACAAAGUGCGAAAAUGUGGCAAGCGCUUGCUAAUCGCCGCAGUCGUUUGCACUACAAUCAUUCCAUUCGUGGUGACAUUUGUGCGCCAUUUGGACCCCACUUUGCUGGUCUUUGCGGAUGAAUUAAUCGACUUGGCUAGCAAUAACUAUUACAUUGGCUACUACGUGAAGACCCACAUGCGCGCCUCGUCCUAUUUUAUUGGUUUGCUGACUGGUUUUCUGGUGCAUGCCAUGCAAGAGCGGGGCACAAAACUUCACACUGUGUUCGUACGUCUUACCUGGUUGGUCUCCACUGUAAUCGGCAUUGCGUCCAUAUUCUCAGUUUGUCGCUUCUACAGAAGUCCGUUUACAUUUGUCGAGAGUUUCCUUUAUGCGGGCUUUCAUAAAGUAGCUUGGAAUUUGUCUGUGGCGUGGCUAGUGAUGGCAGCAACAACGGGCCAUGCUGGGUGGCUGCAAAACUUUCUGAGUAGCCGCUUUUUUGUGCCCAUCAGCAGACUCACCUAUUGCGCCUAUCUGUCGAACGGCAUAGUUGAAUUGUAUCAUUCGUCGACCUUACGUUAUGGCAGCUAUCAGUCUUACGUGAAUUUGGAAAACAAGAUGAUCAGCCACACGGUGGACACAUUCGCUUUAGCCUUCGUGCUUUGUCUCCUCUUCGAAUCGCCCAUACAUGCCUUGGAGCGGAUUCUGCUACGAAAGGCGGGCCGCCCAUCUGAAAAGCGCACCCCAUCUACAGAAAACCAAAGCCCCAGUACUUCUGAAGAGCAGGUGGCUUAGCUCAAUACUCCAAACAUCAAAAUGAACGAUUUUGUUUCUAAAUUGUUUUUUAAUUAGUUUGUAGUAUUUGUACAUUUGUAUGUACUAAAAUAUAUUUUUAAUUAAUAUUUUGUGAUGAUUGCAUAGCCUUUAAGUUUUAGCUGUAGGAUUUUAUACGCGCAUACAUAAGGAUAUAAUGUACGUACAUAUUUACAUAUCUACGCAUAUGUAUAUAUGUAUUGUUGAAUAUGGGUAUAUAAAUAUGUGUGAAGUAGAGUUUUAUACAUAUUUUUGUUCUUGUAAUUUUGUACAUAAAUAUUAAUGACACUUGCCGUUUUACAAGCCAAUACUUCCUUAUGCCGUUGCAUAUUACAAUAUUGGGAGGAAUAAUUUAGAAUAAACUUUAUACAUACAUAUGGGAAUGUAUGUAUAUAGUUACAAAUAAGUGUAUGUGAAUACUUUCCGGUAGGGUAGGUUUCGCUACAUAAAUAUUGUAUGAAAAAUUUGUUUAAUUAAGAAUACAGAAAUAUGUAUGUAAAUUGUAAAAAUAUAAAAAGUUUAAAAAAACUUCAA